CCUCAGAACGCAAACUGAAUUUUAGCUCCACACUUGGAUAAGUACAUGUAAAAACUCAAGAAAACUUCCCAAACGAGCAUUGCUAGGAACCGUACAGCUAAGCUCAAAACUUUUGUGACAAAUUCUCUACAGUUUCAUUAUUGGCUUGAACUCCCCUGGCCACUGGACUCAUUUUCCCCUUGCCUCUUCAUUUUUAUUACACAAGAGUGAAAGACCCUUACCAGGAUGGCGGAAGCUUACCCCCGCUCGGACUCCGGGUCCGUCUCAACGUCCGACAACGACGAGGACUGGCUCACCAAGCCCGCCGACGAGGACGAGGACGACGAGCAGGAGGUGGUAUCGGUCGUGUCGUUGUUAGAUGACAAGACCUUCGCGGACGCGCUGCCCAUGCUGGCGUACUGCAAGGAGUCAUUCGGGUUCGACUUUCUGGGAGUGCGGGAUCGGCUGGGUUUGGAUUUCCAUGGCUGUGUGCGGCUUAUCAAUUUCGUCCGGCGCAGUGUGAAAGAGGACGUGGCGCUGCCGGCGGAGAUUACGGCAAGCCAUCUGGAUGACGACAAGCUGCUGAUCCCCGUGCUCGAGGACGAUGCGCUGAUCUUCUGUCUGGAUGAGUUGCCUGAGCCUGAGCCUGAGUCCGGGCUGGAGAAGGGAAGAGACGCUCUGACACCAGCGCAGGCGCAGACGCAGGCGCAGACGCAGGCUGGCAACGGCGAGGGACCGCUCGUGGACGAGCUCCUCCAGAAGAACGCGCAGCUGCAGGCCGAGCUCGAGCAGCUGGCGAAGCAGUUCACCAACUACCGGCUCGCUGUCGAGCAGACGCUCGACAAGCGCUGGGGCGUGGAUGAGGGAAGCGAGAAGGGCGCCUCCUCCUCGCAGAAGAAUCAGGAGGAGAAGAAGGAGGAGAAGAAGAAGGAUGACUCGGCGUAUUACUUCGAGUCGUAUGCCAGCAACGACAUCCACGAGACAAUGCUCAAGGACACGGUGCGCACCGAAGCCUACCGCGACUUCAUCUACAGCAACAAGCACCUGUUCGCGGGCAAGACGGUGCUCGACAUCGGCUGCGGCACGGGGAUCCUGUCCAUGUUCUGCGCCAAAGCCGGCGCCGCCAAAGUGCUGGCGGUCGACAACUCGGCCAUCCUGGACAAGGCGCGCGCCAACGUGUUCCACAACGGGCUCGACAGCAUCAUCACGUGCAUCCGCGGCCGCAUCGAGGACGUGGCGCUCCCCGUGGACUCGGUCGACAUCAUCGUGUCCGAGUGGAUGGGCUACUGCCUGCUGUACGAGGCGAUGCUGCCGUCGGUCUUCUUCGCGCGCGACCGCUACCUCAAGCCCGACGGCCUGUUGGUGCCCAGCCACGCGAGCAUGUGGAUCGCGCCCGUGUCGGACGCCGACUACGUCGCCGAGAACAUCGGGUUCUGGCGCGACGUGUACGGCUUCGACAUGCGCGCCAUGCAGGAAGGCCUGCACACGGACGUGCGCAUGACGGUGAUGCCCGCGCACGCCGUCUGCGGCGAGCCGACCGCGUUCCGGAUGCUGGACCUGCACACGGCGAAAGCGGAGGAUCUGGCAUUCGAGGACAAGUGGCAGACGACGCUGUCGGACACGGCCGAGGACGUCCUGGACGGGUUUCUGGUGUGGUUCGACUGCUUCUUCGCCGAGAGCCGGAACGAGGCGGUCGAGGCGACGUUGACAGCCAAGCAGUGGGCCGCCGCUGCUGCUGCUACUGGGCGCGAGCGGGUGGCCUUCACCACAGGGCCGUUUGGCACCGAGACGCACUGGCGACAGGGGUUGUUUCUUAUCGACAAGGAGAAGGCGAAGGAGGUUGAGGUUGCGCUGGGAAAGAAACUGAUGGGCGAGAUCCGCUAUGCCAUCCCCGAGGACCAUGCCCGCGGCCUCAACAUCAAAGUGACCUGGGGCGUCGAGGGCGGGGACAAACAGAGCCAGACAUGGUUGCUGCACUGAGACUCAGGGGGAUGUAGACACUCUAAUAGAUGAAACGGGAAGUGUAUGGCCGCCGAUGGUCACCACAACUAAACAGAAGGGGCAGCCUGGUCUAUCAUCUUGAUUAUCUUC